GACAGACAUCAUCGGCGAGCUGUUUAAGGUACUGUUCAAGCAGCAGGAUUGGGCUGCUGAAGACUGGGGCGUUGACCAGGAGCCUUUAGAGCUGAUGCACAUUAUCCUCUCUUUGGGCAAAAGCAAUGCGUUUGACUUCCAGAUAGUUGAACAGACUCGGGGCGAUCCCGACAUUGGAGAGCAGCACGGGGCUGGAGCUGGAUUGGACGAGGCAUCGAGGUUCGUUGGUCAAGAAGAUGAGAUGUACACUCCAGCUUUCCAGACCCUGGAGCCGUUGGAGGCUGCAUCUUCACAUCAGAGAGACAGGCUACCUGACAUCAAACGCAAUCCGCAGUCGGACACCAGCAUCAAGCAGCCGGAGCGUCUCCAGGACUUUCUGUAUGAGCUGGUGGAGAUGCCAGACAUGGUGCCGGCGAAGUCGCUCCAUGUGGACGUCAAUCUCUGGCGCCUGCAUCUCUGCCGACAGCUGAUCCAGCACCCCACCUUCUUGCUCAGGGGAAGUGAUGUCUCGGCCUUAUCGCCGGCGUAUUCUCGCUUCCAUGGGGGCUUCCUUCCUCCGCCCAACAAGGAGCGGAAAGGAGAUCGUGCAGAGACUGCAAGGCGAUGUUUGCUCGCCAAGAGGGCAAAGUGA